ACUUUCUUUCAUUUCACCAAUUAAAAGAAAACACAAAAAUGUCUAAAUAAAUUCCUAUAGGUUAUUAACACACUCAUAAUCAUAAUAAGAGCAUAAGCUAGUUAAUAAUUUAUGGCAAAAGGGUGGAAAUUCUAUUUUUAACCGCCUGUCCCGCACACCUGAUAAAGGUUUGUCGGGUGUCAGAGUGGAGAAUGGCGGCGCUGGGCGGGUACCCGAGAUAAAACGUUCAGCACUCGUCUUCGGUGACGUGAAGACGUGAAGACGUGAGACGUGACGGAGGCUUUUAACAUUCCAGUCGAGCUCAGACUGACAUUACAGUUUGGAACAGCGACGGUGACAGCAAUAUGUGACAGCCAUGGCCAUAUGGAUAUCACUUGUAGUCGUCGUGCUGUGUCUCGUACAUGUUCAUGAUUCUGCUGUCAGCAAUAAUGGAUGUGCAAAUGAAGUGACGGUAAUUAGAAGUAAUGAAACUCAAGUCUACUCCUGUCAAGCAAGAAACAAAGACAACAAUAUCAAAUGGAUCAGUAACAGCGGAGGAAUACAAAAUGUUCUCGCCACGUGCCUGAAUGGUUCUAGAACCUGCCUGACUACAAAUUCCUCCGUCAGCGUCUCGAGAACGGAGAGCGGGAGGAGUGAGCUGAUGAUCACUGGAAGGGUGGACGGCAUUAACAUAGAGUGUCAUGAGUCCAGCGAUAGCGAGGAAGUCACCUGCUCACAAUCUACUACGGCAGUAACAACUACAACCGGUCCAGGAAUCGGAAUUCUGAUAACCAGUUAACGCCAUCUGCAGGUCCUGAACAAUGGAUUGAAAACUCUUCAUCCACACAAUUGGUGAUGUCUAAGACUUUAGAGGAAAAUGCAUCAGGGGUAUCCUCCUUUACAUCAAGGUUCUGCCAUGCUUUCUGAACAUUUUGUGGUCACGACAACAUUCGCAUCUACAGGCAAGUCUUCGCAGUAUUCAAAGGAAAAUCCAACUUCUACAAAGACGAUGAUGACAACUGUUUCUACUCUGGAGGGUCACUUGAUUACAGAUGCCACCAUGAUUUCUCAUCAGACUCUGAAACCCAGUGAAAAACACUCUGAAAGAUUCUACAACUCUCAAUAACAAAGUCCACUGUUUCUUUCAUUUCUGAUUUAGGACACAACAAUGCCCAUUACACCAACACAGGUUCUUUCAACAAUUGAGAGAAAACAAGUUUCAAGCGUAUCUGGUAAUAAUAUUGAAUUGAACUCGCAGAGCUACUUUACUAAAUUAAGUGAACAGAGCGGUAUUACAGAGACCCAGAGUUAUGUUUCUACAGAAAUUAUCGGAGAAUGGACAUUGUCGAGCGGAGAAAAACUUUCUCCGACAAGGACAACAGUCGUUUCACCUGCGAUGGAUUCCCCACAAACUGAGGUUAUUGAAGAGAGCCACAUUGAUAAAUAUUCGGAGAUCUCGUCACAAACAAACACCAGGUAUCUGUUUGUCUGUAUCUGGAUUUACGCAGAUCUCAGGAUCCACUAUGUCUUCUCUUCCUUUGUCUUCCGAAUAUUCCUUGACCACUGAAGGUGAAUCAAGAAUAACAUCUACAACAGACUCUCAUCAGAAUAAGCCACACAUCAUUGCAUCUUUUAGUCCAGUACUUAUUGUUUCUUCUAUGCCAUUUGUUGAAUCGUCCAUUGACCAUCCUAAAGGAAGUGUAUCAUUCCAGGAUAAUACGAAAGGUUCAUAUUCUGGAGAAUCGUCUGCUUCUGUGUCUUUAACGCCUGAACUGCCGUCGAGUACAGAAGGUUCUAAACGCCGGUCAUAUACAGUUUAUCCAGAGAAUUUGACCAGUAAGAGUUCAUUAAGGACUGAACUUGGUUCUACUUUACCAAGCAAGACUGAAAGAGAAGGAUAUUUCACCAGCUUAGAGACAGUUACUAGCAGUCCAAAUGUACAAGAAGUUCUCUUGCCAUCUGCUCAAACAAAUAAAGUUUAUUUGCAUACUAGCAAUACAUUUAUUCUUAAAGAAACAGAAGUAGCCUCUAGGGCUAAGACUGAAGUCAUAGCUUCUGUUAAACCAACAAUGACUACUUCUCCAUUACAUGAAACAGAAAGGACACACUUCCGGUCGCUAACAGGUUUGUCAACUUUGAAUACCCGGAGCAUCCCUACCAUCGACACUGUCUUCGCCUCAUCAGAACUAAAGACUGAUGGUUUUAUGUUUACCAGAAGCCUAAAGACAGAUGAUGUUUCCAUUCAUUCACAUCAAAGCGUGACAACAGGCAACCCGCAUAUUUAUUCAAACACUGUUUUAUCAUCUACAUAUGACAGAAACAUUUCAGUUUCUCCAGAUACGAGGACCAGUAGGUCAUCCUCACUUGACUUCACUCAGACCACAGCCCAAAAUCAAGCAGGGUUUUCUCAUCAAAAGACCACAACAAUUCUUUCUACUCAAGUAGAACUAUAUUCUACAUUUGGGCAAGAUGUUUCAGAAGUUACAAAGUUGCCUACUAGGUUUUCUACUCAUGAGUUAUACCGGACCACCAUUGAUGUCCAAACAUCCUCUGAAGCAGCCAUGUACAAUACACUUAAUAGCUUACCGGAAGUCCGCACAACUAUACCGCAGAUUGAUGUCCAGACACACAGAGGUACUUCAGUUGAUACCAAGCCUGCAAAAAACAACACUGUUGAUAAACCUCCACAUAACAUUUUAGGAACAACAAGUACGACAGAUCCCAUCCCGACAUCACAUGACCAGCUGGCACAUCUGUCGCUCAUCAUCGGCGUUAUUGCAGCAGCGCUGGGAGUUGUCGUCCUUGGUUCUCUGUACAUCUUAAGUUGUAAACACCACAGAGACUCCGUGACAUUUUCUGAUGAUGAGUCUGCCAAAGAGUUUAUUUACUGCAACAUUGCCUAUGAGACUGGAGUCAAUGAUGAGAAUAAAAAAGUGCGAGACGCCCCUUCUGGCAUUGACAAAAAUGAAGCGCCUCUAACAUUGAAAGCAUUUCGCCGGCUGUCGUUGUCCAAGACAUGUGUUCUUCGGGAGGAGAUUGAGUCCCCCUACAAUAUGGUUUCUACUGAUGCGAAUUCUCUCGGGAAGGUUAGUACGGCUUCUGUAUCCAUGGAAACAGAUUCCGUGUCUAUAAACAGCUCAGAAGCAGACUACAUGGACAUUGAUUGUCCAGACGAUGUUACACAACAGAAAGAAAACCAAAAAGAUUUUUAUUUUCCAUAUUCCGGUCGUAAAUCGAGCAAAUUUAAUACCAUCACCCACAAGAAAAUCAUUGAUCUGGAGACCGUUAUACGACAGAAUGUUGUCACGGGAAGAUGAACCCGAAGACACACUGUUCACUGCCAUCGUGAUAGCAAAGCCUUCUAGGUAUGGAAGAAGUAUAAUGAAGUCAAGAGGUUUACUGGAACCAGUCCAUGAAAGUGAGGAAGAUUUGCUGUACGUGGCAGCCAGGAAGCCAAAGAAGGUCGUAUCCUUUGAAGAUGCCGAGUAUGCGACAGCCAACAAGGUAAAUCACAAGCCCAAAAAAGGUGAAGAUUCUAAGGACAUUCAGUUUCAAGACAAGAAUCUGGACAACCACCUUCCUCCAGCUUACGCCACUGUCAGCAAACCUCCGCCGGACUAAAUCUUUUGGCGGUUGUUGUUUUCUUGCGGAAUCGUUCAUGAACGAGUCUAGUUAAAAAAAAAAAACAACAGUCAUUAGACACAAACAACAUAUUACACGUGCGAAACGGUUAAGGAGAUCAUACAUGUUGUUAUGCAGGUGAAAGACGUAUGCAACUAGUCUACGAAAAUGUUGAAAGCGAAAUGUGGACUAAAAUGUUUACUACAACUUUUUUGCAAAGCUUUUUGAUGGACAGUAAUGAAGAAAGUGGGAAUGGUGUUACCCUCGUAGUGCAUUUCAAUUUGACUGAAAUGAGAUUAAGCCUGACUAGGGCAAUGCCUGGAAAAAAAACGUCCCCUUACCUACUACACGGUUUAUACACAACAUAUUUUAAUUUCAGGUUUAACCUCUCUGUUAUUGUUCAUUGUACCUUUUAUCGUGUGAUGCCUUUCCAUUUAAAGAAACCUGAACAUAAUUCCAAAUUCAAGUUACGGUCAAAAAAUCUCUUUAAGAGCAACAUGAGCUGGACCUGCUGUCAGAACCAGAGUUGUUUUUUGGGGGUUUUGUUUUGUUUUUUGGGGGUUUUUUUGUUUGUUUGUUGUUUUUUGUUUUUUUUUUUUGUUUUUUUUGUUUAUUUAUUUAUUUUAUUUUUUUGCUUUGAUCGCCAAUCGACUUCGUCGGUAGAAAAGUCUGUUUGUCCAGAACAGAUACUGACUUUUUCAGGGCGAUCACCUGUAUAUGCACGCACUCUCUAAGCAUCAAUUUAAAGAAGUUUUGGCAAAAAUGCACAUUUCGAAUUCCACGAUGUAACUUACUGGAUAAAAUGUAUCUAAGAAAGAAGGAUUAAAAAAAGUAACCAAUUUGCUCAAAUGAAAUCUUCAAAUACUUGCUUAUAAUUAUAAACUGUUUGCUAAAGUUUCCAUAUAAGGCAAUCUAAUUCACACAGGGGUGUAAAAACACACACAAACACAUAAAAUAUCUUUAAUAAAAAUGUCAUGCGAUUAAACACACACUCAGACACAAUAACAAACAAGUGCGCGCGUCAGCAUGUACAAAUAAUGUACAGUUUCUAAAAAUAUAUUAGUCUUAUUUUCUUAUUUAUUCGCCUCAGUGCAAGUUAUCAACGUCCACUUUUUUAAAUCUUGCACUGCGCUGUUUUUGCUGUUUAUUGCUACUCAUUUUCAAUGUAUAUUUCUGUUGCUGUGUGUUAUAAUAAAGACACUAUUUUUGUAAUAAAUUCUUUUGACAUU